AUGGGCGGCCUCUGCUCCAAGGAGGGCGUCGUGGAGGCGCCGCCUGCCGCCCCGCACCCCGUGGCGCACCUGCAGAAGGCGUCAAGCCGGUCCCUCAAGCAGCUCAUCACGCUCACCGCCAAGGAGGAGGACGCUGUCGUCGUGCACGCCGUCAUCUCUCGGAUGGAGUCCAACGCUAAGGCCAACGGCGGCAUCGUCGCGCCCGCUCCGGCCAAAGAGGCCGUGGAGAAGACCGCGCCUCCCGUGGUGGUCAUCAUGUCCCUCAGCAAGUCCUACAGCCCCCGCGGGGGCGCCCAAGCACCACCGGCGCAGCAGGUGAUCUCCAGCGUGCCACAGGGGUUCUCCGGCGAGCACGUCAUCGCCGGAUGGCCCUCCUGGCCGACGUCCGUCGCCGAAGAGAUCGUGAGGGUGGCUGCCCCGCCGUGCCGACACGUUCGAGCGGCUGGACAAGAUCGGGCAGGGCACGUACAGCAACGUGUACAAGGCGCGGGACCUGCAGAGCGGCAAGAUCGUGGCGCUGAAGCGGGUGCGCUUCGUCGACAUGGACCCAGAGAGCGUGCGGUUCAUGGCGCAGGACUGCAGGAGAUCCACAUCCUCCGACGGCUGGACCACCCCAACGUGAUCAAGCUGGAAGGCAUCGUCACCUCGCACCUCUCGCACGGCCUCUACCUCGUCUUCGAGUACAUGGAGCACGACCUCACCGGCCUCGCCGCGCUGUCCGGGCAGCGCUUCACGGAGCCGCAGGUCAAGUGCUUCAUGCGCCAGAUCCUCGAGGGCCUGCGCCACUGCCACGCGCGUGGAGUCCUGCACCGGUACAUCAAGGGCUCCAACCUCCUCAAGUCCUCAUCGGCGACAACGGUGUGCUCCGGAUCGCCGACUUCGGGCUCGCCAGUCGCCACCUUCUUCGACCCCGGCAAGACGCAGCCCUUGACCAGCCGCGUCGUCACGCUCUGGUACCGCCCGUCGGAGCUCCUGCUCGGCCCCACCGAGUACCGCGUCGCGGUGGACCUGAGGAGCACCGGCUGCAUCCUCGCCGAGCUGCUCGCGGGCAAGCCCAUCAUGCCCGGCCAGACCGAGAUCGAGCAGCUGCACAGGAUCUUCAAGCUCUGCGGCUCGCUGUCCGAGGACUACUAG